AUGGUUCGCAUCAAGAUUACCCGUCGUCUUAGAUCCUUCAAUGGAGGCACUAGCACGACCAAUUCCAGGAACCCAAGUCCCAACAGGUCUCAAGUGGCUUCAAGUAACGGCGAAGUCAAUUCAGAUACUAAGGGCACAACAAAUGGACUUGUACUAAAAGUUGUCGCAGUUAGAGCUCGAAAUUUAGCUGCCAAAGAUAGAAAUGGCACUUCCGACCCUUAUCUUAUUCUUACCCUUGGUGAUAGCAAGUAUGCGACGCAUUCUGUGGCCAAAAGCCUUAAUCCAGACUGGAACGUAACCAUGCAAAUGCCUGUCACAGGCAUCAACAGCUCUCUUCUAUACUGCGUGUGCUGGGACAAAGAUAGAUUCGGAAAAGACUAUCUAGGUGAAUUCGACAUUGCAUUGGAAGACAUAUUUUCUGGCGAAAGAACAGAGCUAGAGCCUAGAUGGUAUUCUUUACGCAACAAGAGACGAGAUCGAAAAAAGGGCGAUAAUAUAUCUGGAGAUGUUCUACUUCAAUUCACCCUCUUUGAUUCAACAAAUUUGGGUGCAUCACCAGCCCAGGUGCUAGAAAAAUUUCGUAUUUUAGCUGGAAUGGUGUACGUUAGUGAUAGCAACUUACCCUCAACAAGUCCAUCAUCAGUACCAUCAUGUAGUGUAGGUCUCGUUUCAGAGGAUGCCGAAGAAGAGCCCAGUGACGAAACGGAUGAUUUAAUUAAACAUGAGAAAACCGAGAAACAAAAACGAAGCUUAAGAUUAAGAGGGCUUCGUAGAAAAAAGUGCAUAACAGCAUAUGAGUUUUCCGGCACCGGAGAGGUGGUGGGCAUUGUGUUUUUGGAAAUUUGCAACAUAACAGACCUUCCUCCAGAACGCAAUGUAACUCGAACUUCAUUCGAUAUGGAUCCAUUUGUGGUAGCUUCUUUGGGCAAGAAAACUCAUCGUACUCGUGUCGUUCGUCACAACUUGAAUCCAGUUUUCCACGAAAAAAUGAUUUUUCAAGUUCUCCGACUUGAGCAAGCCUUUUCUUUUUCAUUUACCGUAAUUGAUCGGGAUAAACUAUCAGGAAAUGAUUUUGUAGCAUCCAGCUUUUUGCCUCUAAAGGAAAUUACCGAUACAGCGCCAGAAGCAAACAUAGAAACUGGACUUUAUCUCUUGAAAGAACCCGAAACUACGAAUUCUCAACCAAUAAAAUCACGAUUCAGAAUCCCGCUAUCUCGUUCCUCUUCAACCCAAGAUCUUAACAAAGGUGGAUCACGCUCAGGAAAUUUAGGGCAGAAUAUCUCUCAAACCAAUACUCCGACAUUAACUUCAUUAGCAGUCCAAGGGCCUACAACUGGGGCCCUUCAACUUAACAGUGCUAUAUCUCAAACUAAUAAUGCCGAAAAUAUUGAAAUAGAUUCAAGCUUCCACUCCUUCGCUCUCCCACUAAAACUUAAAAAUGCCGAAAAAUGGGAAGAGAAGCACAGUCCUCAACUCUACCUUAAAGCUAAGUAUGUUCCUUAUCCAGCUCUGCGACAACAAUUCUGGCGCUGUAUGUUGCGCCAGUAUGAUUCGGACGAGAACUCCCGUAUAAGUAAAGUUGAACUUACUACCAUGCUUGAUACACUUGGAUCUACUUUAAAGGAAUCUACUAUCGAUAGCUGGUUUAGAUGUUCGCAACGUCUAAGUCAUAUUGAUGAAGCUAAUAUGGUUCUAUCUUUCGACGAAGCUGUCAUUUGUUUGGAGCAUCAGCUGACAGAAAAAUCGAAUUUGACAAUCCUAGCAGAUCGUCUUCGCGCUCUUGCGUCCGACUGCACGACAACCCAAAAUAAUAUCUCUACCUCUAUAUAUGAGGAAGAAGAGCAUGUUGUUGAAAUUAGAGAAUGUCCAAUUUGUCACCAACCACGCCUAAACAAGCGAUCUGAUGCCGAUAUAGUGACUCACAUUGCAACUUGUGCAAGUCAGGAUUGGCAACAAGUGAAUAAUCUUGUUAUGGCUGGCUUUGUAACACCCAACCAGGCCCAGCGUAAAUGGUACUCGAAAGUUAUCACGAAAAUUUCAUAUGGUGGAUACAAACUGGGUGCUAAUUCAGCUAAUAUCCUCGUACAAGAUCGGAUCACCGGUCAAAUCAACGAAGAACGCAUGUCAGUUUACGUGCGCCUUGGAAUCCGACUACUCUAUAAGGGCCUUAAAUCAAGGGAAAUGGAGAAAAAGCGAAUUCGUAAGCUUCUGAAAAGUCUAUCACAAAAGCAAGGAAAUAAAUAUGAUGAUCCAGCAUCGCGCCUCGAGAUACGAAAAUUCAUUGCUUUCCAUCAGCUCGAUAUGUCAGAGGUGCUUCUUCCAAUGGAAGAAUUUAGGACUUUCAACGAAUUUUUUUACCGUCAACUCAAGCCCGACGCCAGACCUUGUUCUGCUCCGGAUAACUUGUUUAUUGUUGUCUCACCAGCAGACUGUCGCUCAGUUGUUUUCAAUCGUAUGGAUGAUGCAACUCGUAUCUGGGUCAAAGGUAGAGAGUUUAGUAUUGAGCGACUUCUUGGGAGCGCUUACCCUGAGGAUGCUAAUCGAUACAAAAAUGGUGCCCUCGGUAUCUUUCGUUUAGCGCCUCAGGAUUACCAUCGUUUUCAUAUACCUGUCGAUGGUAUCAUGGGCAAGCCUAAGACUAUUCAGGGCGAAUAUUACACUGUGAAUCCCAUGGCUAUUCGCAGUGCUUUGGAUGUAUACGGUGAGAACGUUCGUGUUGUUAUUCCAAUUGACUCAGUAUCCCACGGAAGAGUCAUGGUAAUCUGCGUGGGAGCCAUGAUGGUUGGAAGUACAGUAAUUACAAGAAAAGAGGGCGAGCAAGUUCGCCGUAGCGAAGAGCUUGGGUACUUUAAAUUUGGAGGGAGUACAAUACUUCUAUUGUUCGAAGAAGGUACCAUGCGAUUUGAUGACGACUUAGUGGAAAACAGUAAUACUGCUUUAGAAACAUUGGUCCGUGUGGGUAUGUCAAUAGGUCAUCACAUAUCUCAUGGACAACAUACACCUGAUAUGCACAAAAAAGAUAGGCCUAUCACUGAAAAGGAGCUUGCGGAUGCGAAUAGGCGAAUUGUGGGUAAUAUUGAGACUGAGGCUAUUGGUAGCGGAGCUGAAUAG